AUGAAAAAAUUUAUUAUCUUUUUCGCCUUGUCUUUUCUUAAUAUAAUAAAACUCGGUGUUUCAGAUGUUGUCUUAAAUGAUAAAAAAACUUUUGUUUUUUCGGGUGAUUUAAAUUUAAGCAGUAAAUACUCCAAAGAGAAUAAGUCAUUAGAGGAAGAAAAUGAAAACAACACAAUUAACUUAGAUAUCAUUAUUAAGGAUCGAGAAAAAAUGAAUGAGGCAGACCAGAAUGUAAAAAAUAUUGUUAAUGAGGCUACAAAUGAAAUCAAAAAGAAAUAUAACAUAAACCAACUCCCAUCAUCUGGAAAUAGUGAAGUAAGUGAGAUGAAUACAAAUCAAAUGAUACGUCGUUUCUCUCUAUGUUUUUGUCUCUAUCUGCGCUUCCGUUUUGUUUUUCUUUUUAAUUUAAAAGCAAAUACACAAGUUAUUGUUACUAUAAGAAUUACUCAGGAAGAAGAAGAAGAAGCAAAGGAAGAAAGCGCAUUUCUUCUAGAUGACUUGGAGGAAGCGGCUCAGAAUUUCUCUUCUUCCGAUGAGCAGGUUGUAAAAAAAAAAGAACUAAAAAUGAAUGAAAAUAGCUCCGAAAAAGAAACUGAAUUAAAGAAUGUAAAGAAGUACCAGGCGGAAGUUAUCUAUUCCAUGAAUAAGGACAACGUUUACAAAAAUUUUGAUUCCGAUGAAUUGGAAAAAUUUGAACAGACACUGAAGGACUCAGAAGACGUAUGCGAUCAGGAUUAUUCUUUGCCGUGCCCUCUGAACUUUUUCCGGACUAGCUCCGGUUGCGUCCCGCAAAAUUCGUAUGAAGGACCAUGCAAUAAAGUACAUAAGCUAAUGUUUCUAUAUGAUAAUCAAAAAGAGAGUUGGGCUGAUAUUUGUGGCGCUAAUUGGCCAUGUAUACCUUUAGCUUGUCCUUAUGGAACUGAUUAUGAUUCUACUUGUCCAAUUAACUGGAUAGAUAUAGGAAAAGGUAUUUGCAGGAGUAUAUAUAUAAAUGAAAAAUGCCGAAAUGAUAUAGACUUUUCUAGUACGACUAUUGUUGAUAAGAAAAAAUUCGAACAAUUAUGUGGCAUAAGAUGGAAAUGUAAGUCUGUUAGUUAUAUAACAAAUUUUGAAUCAAUCUGCCCCUUAUAUUGGACAUACCUGUAUGAUUACAAGUGUAAAUCCCCAGAAGAUUAUAAAGGACCUUGCCCAAAUAUUAUUAAUUUAAAAAAAUAUAACACUGAGGAAGGAAAGAAAAACGUAGAAAUUGCUUGCUUAGUGAACUGGCCUUACAAUGUCAAAGAUAAUGCGCGCCAAAGGGACUACAGCGUGGCCUGCCCAAUAGGCUGGUCGUUGAUGGAAAAUAAUAUGUGUAAAGCUCCUGAGAAUUACAAGCUAACCUCCAUAUGCAAUGACGAAGUUUCAUUUGUUAACAUGAACCUGCAGCAGAAGGAAUCUUAUUCAACCGCUUGUAAUGUUGAUUUUCCCUUUAAAGAUAGGACCGAGUGUAAACGUAACUACUCAUUUAUGUGCCCUAUGGGGUGGAUACCUUCUAAUAAGGAAGGGUAUUGUAAAGCACCAAUUGGAUAUAAAAACAAAAUUUGUAAAAAACAAUCUCAGUUUAAAAAUAUUUCAGAUAGCCAAAAAAACUAUUAUUUAAAAUUUUGUAACAUUGAUUGGCCAUGUGAAGGCGAAAUUCAGAACUCCGCGAUAUACACUAAACUUGCCGUGGAUUACUUGACUGAAAAUUCCAUAAAACGGGACAGCGGCCCCAUUGACUCCGAAACGGGAAUAAUUAUUUAA